GGUCGUCGCCGUCAUCCCGUCGUCGCUUGCAUCUGGUCAUCCUCAGAAACACUACAAAUCAGGUUGUUGCAGUUGAUAGAAAGAAUGGCUGCAGACUCAUGUCCUUCCAAGAACUAUUUUCACGAGGGAGAGGGAGCAAAGAUACCUUUAUCACAGUGAAUAGCAUAAAGGUUGACAUUUGCGUGUUUGUAUUCGAUAUAAUGUUUGCUAAUGGAGAACGGAACAAGCAUGCUGACAUCAAAAUUGUUGAUUCUCAAAGCUGCACUAAGCUCAAUGCCAAUGUACCCUCCUCCAACAACCACGACCUUUGCAUUCUUCUUUGCUUUAAUAACUUCUACAAGCUUAUCGGCAUCAUCAAUUACUCUCAAGUAGAAGAUAUUUUUGGCAUCAGCUCCUGGUACACGAAAAUCUGUCAGCCUGACAACCUGCAAAGAAGCAAAAACCAUUACUCUAGCAGGUAG